AUGGUCUCUUCUUAUCCGAUCCCGGGAGAUGCGAUUGAUACAAAUUUAGGCGUUCCAGGUGUUCUCAAUUCAGCUUGGACUGUUGGCAUUGACUCCAGCUAUCGUAUCUGCAAUAAAAAUCAAGAUACUGCAGGCGGA